AUGGGUCUGCUCUACUUUGGGUUCCAGAGCGUGCCAGACGCAUUCCGCAGUGUCGAGGAGCUGAGGGCCGUCUACAGCAACCGCCAGUUCUCCGUCAUGGGCAGCAGCAGCGAUGCAUCCGGUAUGGACGGACUCUACGCUCUGGGAGAGCUCGCACUCGUGCGAUGGGGAGAUUUGGGAGUGUCGUCGGCGUUCUACUGUCUCGCUAUGAUGACCGCGGCGUAUGCGGUAAUGCUCCUUAUUGAGAUGCGCGACUACGUCCGCGACACCUGGGCGCUGAUCCGGGACGAAGCUCUCGAGGUCAAGGCGCUGCGAGCGGACGAGUAG